AUGGCAGCCGAAGAGACAAAGGGCCACUCGGCCACUUCAGAUGCUCCUGGCUCUCACCAGCCGGAGGUGUCUGUUCAACCGCCAGCCAACCCUGAGCUGGUCGAGGGCAUGGCGCAUGAGAAUCCCAUAAACGAGGAUCACAGCACCAGUGCUGGCGUAGAGCCUCCGGCAGACCUCACUGCGCUUGCGUCGAGGUACCAGCACUUAUCGCUGUCGGCGCAGACGAUCCACGCAGACGACUACCUGAACUCGCACCAGUCCGUCGCGCCGCCCAUGCAUGUGUCGACCACGUUCCGAUACAGCGACGACCCGGAUGAAUUGAGCCCGUGGGCAAACAUCAACUCCAACAACCCCCACGACUCACACGUCUACUCGCGCGACAGCGCCCCCAACACCACGCGCCUCGAAGCCGUGCUGACCUCGAUCCUGCACGGGCCGUCCCUAACCUACAGCUCGGGCCUGUCAGCCUUCCACGCGCUCCUCGUGCACCUCAACCCGCGGCGCAUCGCCAUCGGCGGCGGCUACCACGGCUGCCACGGCGUCAUCAAGCUCAUGACCAAGCUGACGGGGCUCGAGAUGGUGGACCUGGACUGUGCGGACGACGUCCUGGGGGCGGGCGACGUCGUCCACGUCGAGACGCCGCUGAACCCGACGGGCGAGGCGCGCGACCUCGAGUUCUACGCGGCCAAGACGCGUCGCUGCGGUUGCGUGCUCACCGUGGACGCGACGUUUGCGCCGCCGCCGCUGCUGGACCCGCUGCGCUGGGGCGCUGAUGUUGUCAUGCACAGCGGGACCAAGUAUUUUGGGGGGCACAGCGAUAUGCUGUGCGGGGUGCUGACGGUGGCGCCGCGCCACGAAGGGUGGGUGAGGGCGCUGCGCGAGGAGCGCCUCGUGCUCGGGUCCGUGAUGGGCAGCCUGGAGGGCUGGCUCGGCGUGCGCAGUUUGAGGACGCUGGAGGUGCGCGUGAAGAAGCAGAGCGCUGACGCUGAGAGGUUGGUGCGGUGGCUCGUGGACGAGUUGUCGUCGUCCGAGUCGUCCGAGUCCGAUGGGAAGAAGGAUGGGGUUGUGGGCGGCAUGGUGGCCGAGGUCAGACACGCCAGCCUGCAGACGCAGGACCUGCAGGGCGAGCACGCCUGGCUGAAACGACAAAUGCCGAACGGGUUCGGCCCCGUGUUCGCGGUCUACAUGCGGGACGCCGAGGACGCCAGGAGGCUGCCGAGCAAGCUGCGCCUGUUCCACCACGCCACGAGCCUGGGCGGCGUCGAGAGCCUCAUCGAGUGGAGGGCCAUGUCGGACGUGGGCGUCGAUGAGAGGCUUUUAAGGGUCAGUGUGGGCAUUGAGGGCUGGGAGGACCUGAGGGAUGAUUUGGUGCAGGGGUUUGAGGCUCUGGCGAGGGAGAAGACGGGGAGGAUGGGGAAGGCGUAG